CAAAAUGAAAAGAAUCCAAAAAGUUGAAAAAAUUGGAGUUAUAGGCCAAAAUGAAGAAGCUGAAAUACUUUUUAAUCAAAAAAGAGGUCAUGGAAGGGGAAGAGGACAUGUAAGAGGAAGUCGUUUAAAAGAAAGUGGGCAUGGAAGAGGAAGUGUCAAACCUACAAUAUCUACAAUUAUUAAUGACUCAGAUUUUAUACAUGAAGGAGAAAAUAAUAUCAAAAAAGGUCAUGAGAUAAGAAAAGAAGGUGAAAAAACAAAUAUCGAACUUUCUGUUCCAAUCGCAAAUAUUGAUGAUUCUUAUUCAAGCUAUGAAAGAGAAAUGAGUUUUGGAAAAAUUUCUCUUAACAAUGUCAAUGUAGAAGAACCAAGUAAUCAAAGACGAAUAAAGAAACAUAAUUAUGCAGAACUAAUGAUUCCUGAUGACCUCAAUAUUACAAAUAAAUCAAAUGUUAUAGAAAAUAUAUUUGAUGAAAGAAAAACUCAAAAAAGAAAUUAUCAGCAGCAUGAAAGUAUAAAUUAUUCUGAAGAAUUGCAUCAAAAUCAUCGACAAAAUAAGAUUACAGCUUUGCUUCAAGUAGUUGAUAGUGACGAUAGUGAUGAUAAUG